GAUUGAGAGCGCGCCGGCCUGGACCGCGAACUCGCCAAUUGCGUAGGGCGUCAGCCACCGCCCAAUCCGGAGCAGACAGGUGCGAGCCCCGAAAGGCGGAGGCCAAUCAGCAGCGGUUGCGGCCUGUUGGGGCCGGUCUCGGCCAAUGAGGAGGCUCGAGUGACAUCUUCGCGCACCAAUAGGGAGUGAGAGAGCGUUCGCGCCCGCCUACCCUUCCGGCCUGAGCUCUAUUUACCAGGGGCGUGCGGCCGGUUUACCAAUCAGAGCGCGGCUGAGCGGCCAAGCAGCCAACCCCGGAGGAGCGGCCGGCCGGCGUCCGCCGCACCCAAGAGUUGGGGAUGUCCUACAAACCCAUCGCCCCCGCCCCCAGCAGUACCCCCGGCUCCAGCACCCCUGGGCCCGGCACCCCGGUCCCUACAGCCGGAAGUGUCCCAUCGCCAUCGGGCUCGGUGCCGGGAGCCGCUGCCCCUUUCAGACCCCUGUUUAACGACUUCGGACCGCCCUCCAUGGGUUAUGUGCAGGCAAUGAAGCCACCGGGCGCCCAGGGCUCCCAGAGCACCUACACGGACCUGCUGUCGGUCAUAGAGGAGAUGGGCAAAGAGAUCCGGCCAACCUAUGCUGGUAGCAAGAGCGCCAUGGAGCGUCUGAAGAGAGGCAUCAUCCAUGCCCGGGCCCUAGUCAGAGAGUGCCUGGCAGAGACAGAGCGGAACGCCCGCACGUAACAGGACGCAACUCCGCCUCCGAAUCUGGACCUUUCCCGGCCACUGCAGAGCACCUGCUUCUCCCUGGCCUUCACCCCGAGUUGCACUUCCCAGCCUGGGCUUCCUGUCCUGUGUCCCGUGGUGGGUGCCCUCCAGGAACCAGGGGGCGGCUCUCACUCCAGUCGACAGCACUAACUGGGACUCUUUCAAGAGUUAGCAGCGAGGUCACUGUGAGUCCCACCCAUGACCUGCCAACAGUGUUGAUCCAACUGGAGCGUUCUCCUGUCUGUGGCCCCCACCACUCAGCACUUACCCAGGACUUUUCACCACUUUUCCCAGACUCCUCCCCUAGCAGGGCCUCCGAAGGCCUGUCACCUCCCUGCCUCGUCUCCUGGGCCAUAGCGACUCUUUUUUCAGUGUCUUUUGCUAAUUAUGCCCUUUUUGUAUAAAUAAAAGAUAAUUUGGAGUUGUUCUCUCA